AUGAAAGCCUGCUCGGUCUGUGCCCGUCGCAAGGUAAAAUGCGACAAAGGCUCCCCCUGCGCCAACUGCCUCAAGGCCCAGACUCCGUGUGUCUACGAGGCCCCGGCACCACAGCGCCCACGCAAGAGAGCAGCAGACGAGGAACUGCUCGCUCGUAUAGCUCGCUAUGAACAGCUGAUGAGGAGGCAUCAUAUCGAUUUUGCCCCGUAUGCAAACACGUGGGUGUCGUGUUCCAGUUCCACGGAGACGGAAACUGAGCUCUCGUUAUGGUCGACUCUCUGCCCAGAGUUAAAACACCCCCCCAUACAAACGCUGAAAGACAUCCCACCAUUCCAUCUAUCAAGUAUCAUGAUUACAGCACAACCAGAGCUUCACACGCUGCAUCCCGAACCACGUCAUCUCUACCGACUGUGGCAGACGUUUGUCGAGCGAGUCAACCCGCUCAUCAAGAUCGUGCAUGUUCCGACCCUGCAGCAGCGAGUGCUGGACGGGGAUGUCGCCGAUCUGUCGGCUUCGCUCUCGGCGAUGCUGUUCUCCAUCUACAUGCUCGCAGUGACUGCUCUCUCGCCAGAGGAGUGUCUGUCUCUGUUCAAGGAACCCAGAGACGAGCUGGUAACCCGAUACCGAAACGCAACGCUCCGCGCGCUGGUCGCCGCCGACUUCCUCACCACCAGGGACUUGGAAGUCCUGCAGGCCUUUGUCCUGUAUCUCUUUGCAGACUGCGAGUCGGAGCUGGCGGCGACGCUCACCAGUGCAGCGCUGCGGAUCGGGCAGAAAAUGGGCCUCCACCGGGACGAGCCCAGGCUGUCUUCCUCCUUCUUUGAACGGGAAAUGCGCAUCCGGCUGUGGUGGCAGCUGUGCGGGCUGGAUGCGAGAUGUCGGCCGGUGUCUGUGUCUUCUGCCUCCCACUCACCUCCCGAGCUGGGGAUCCGUCUGCCACUGAAUGUGAAUGAUGCAGAUCUGCACCCGGACAUGACGGACGCGCCGCUGGAACCCGCCGGCCCGACGGAGAUGGUCUUUGUGCUGAUGAAACUGCAGGUCACCGUCUGGCUGCAGAGUGGCAAUCUCAAGAUCUUUGAUUUUCUCAAUCCAACGCAGACCCUUGCAACAGAGGUGAAAGAUGCAGCGAUCGACCAGCUGGAAGCGAUAUACCUCCACAACCAUCGUCGGUUAGACAUCCGCAUCCCCAUCCAUAGACUGGCAGUCACUGUCGCCCGGCUGAACGUCGCCCGGCUGCGCUUCAAAGUGCACCAUCCACGCUGGCAGGAGAAAGCACAGCUCCCGAAACAGCGAAAGGAGAUGCUCUUCCGCACUGCUCUGACGGUCCUAGAGACGCUGGACACCAUGCUGGCAACAGCUCCCUUUUCGACGCCGCUCUUGGUCCACCUGACAACCCGCGUACAGAUGGAUCCCUUGAUCUAUGUGCUGAGUGAGUUGCGAGAGCGAGCAGCUGGGGAGGACGUCUCUUUGGCCUGGCGGCUGGUGGAAAGGAUAUACGAUGCUCAUCCGGAGCUGAUACCGGUGGAGCAGACUGCUCACGGUUCUUUCUUUACGGCGUUGGGUGACUUGACGAUAGAGGCGUGGCAGAAGUGCGCAAGGACAGAGACUGUCUCUGCACCGGUGUUUAUCCAGCUGCUUCUCGAUCGGCAUGGGGUAUUGUCCAUUGAUGAAUGGACUGAUUGGACGUGGGAAUGGAAUGAUCUACUGUUCUGA